AUGGCACUUGUUGACAAUAGAAUUGUUAACAGACAAGAUGCUCUAUUAGGAGUUGUACAAGGAAAUUUAGCAUAUGGUAAAUUUAUGUUCACCGUCUAUCCUAAAUUUGCUUUACAUAGAGAGUCUAGAGAUUUUGAUAAAUCUUUAAGCUUUAUACACCAAUGUGAAAGAACUGACCUUAUGGAACCAGGUAAUAAAGUAUAUACGGUUAAUUAUUUAAUCGCAUAUGCUAUUACAAAUAGUACACAUUCUAUCGAGUAUAAAGAAAAAGAGAAUAUCACAAUGGAAGAUAUAUUCUCAGAAAUAGGAACUGUUGAAGGCAGUAAAUUUACUGAACCAUCACAGUUACAAGAAAAUUGGGCAAUUAAUAUUGCGUGA